GAGUAUAUGCUUCCCAGCCAAUGAGAGCGCGGCAGUAGGAGGACGUCCAGCCAAGUCGCGCUUGUAAACAUCCCUGACAGUAGGAGGGACUCUCAAUUUAGCGUCCCACCCUCUGUUGUCAUCCUCGCUCUGCCUUUUCUCAGCUUGAGCUGCUCAGUAAAAGGAAGAGUGGUCAGCGGGGCCGAGGGCACAGGCGGCAGUAGGCAUGAGUGUGUGAUUCGGGGUGUGUGUGCUGGCUCCUGCACCGAGCCGCCAUGGAGCCUUUCAGACUGACGCACUCCACUUUUGUGACAGUUGACCGCCGUCAUUGUUGGUGGAUGUAGAUGUCCUCUGCCAUGGCCAAGCGUGAGGCUGGGAGCACCAGCCCGGUGGUGCGACAAAUAGACAAGCAGUUUCUGGUGUGCAGCAUCUGUCUGGAUCACUACCGCAACCCCAAAGUCUUGCCCUGUCUACACACUUUCUGUGAAAGUUGUCUUCAGAACUACAUUCCCCCAGAGUCUCUGACCCUCUCCUGUCCAGUGUGCCGGCAGACGUCCAUCCUGCCAGAGAAGGGAGUGUGUGCUCUGCAGAAUAACUUCUUCAUCACUAAUCUCAUGGAGGUCCUUCAGCGAGACCCAGAGUGCUCUCGACCGGAGGCGAGCAGUGUGCUGGAGUCAGUCAGUGCCGCGGUCGCCGGGAAGCCUCUGUGCUGCCCGAACCACGAGGGGAAGGUGAUGGAGUUCUACUGCGAAUCAUGUGAGACCGCCAUGUGUCUGGACUGUACGGAGGGCGAGCACAGGGAGCAUGUGACUGUUCCACUAAGGGAUGUGGUGGAGCAGCACAAAGCUGCACUGAAGACUCAGCUGGACGCCAUUCACAGCAGACUUCCUCAGCUAACAGCAGCUAUCGAGGUGGUGAGUGAGAUCUCACGGCAGCUGAACGACAGGAAGAAUGAGGCAAUAUCAGAGAUUACAAGCACCUUCGAGGAGCUGGAACGGGCGCUGCAUCAGCGCAAAACAGCCCUCAUCACAGACCUGGAGAACAUCUGCAGCACAAAGCAGAAAGUCCUACAGGCACAGCUUUCAUCCCUCGUUCAGGGGAAGGAACACAUUCAGAGCAGCUGCAGCUUCACAGAACAGGCGCUCAGCCACGGGAGCGCGACUGAGGUGCUGCUGGUACAGAAGCAGAUGAGUGAGCGGGUCACGGCGCUGGCCAGACACGACUUCCCAGAGAAGCCGCAUCAGAACGCACACCUGGACUGUCAGGUGGAGACUGAAGGGUUGCGCCGCUCCAUCCAGAACCUGGGCGUCCUCCUCACCACGGCAGCUGUCGCUCACACCACCGUGGCCACCGGGGAGGGACUCCGCCACGCUGCCACCGGGCAGCACCACACCAUCACCGUGACAACAAAAGAUAAAGACGGCGAGCUGGUGCGGACAGGAAAUGCAGCGUUGAAGGCAGAGAUAACGUCAGCCGACGGGAGCCGGAUCACGGAGGCGGACGUAACGGACAAUAAGAACGGAACGUACGAGGUGGGCUACACGCUGCGCUCCGAGGGCGAGUACUCCUUCGCCCUCCUGCUGUACGGACAGCCCAUCCGCGGCAGCCCCUUCCGCCUGCGGGCGGUCAAGCCGUCGGACGUCCCGCAGUCUCCGGACGACGUGAAGAGGAGGGUGAAGUCGCCCAGCGGGACGGGCGGCCACAUCCGGCAGAAAGCCGUGCGGCGGCCCUCCAGCAUGUACAGCACCACCAAGAAGAAGGAAAACCCCAUCGAGGAUGAGCUGAUCUACAGAGUGGGCUCCCGAGGCAGAGAGAAAGGCGAGUUCACAAAUCUACAAGGGAUCUCGGCCUCGAGUAACGGCAGAGUGGUCGUGGCUGACAGCAACAACCAGUGCAUACAGAUAUUCUCCAACGACGGCCAGUUCAAAAUGCGCUUUGGGGUCAGAGGUCGUUCCCCCGGACAGUUGCAGCGACCAACCGGCGUGACUGUGGACAUGAAUGGAGACAUUGUCGUCGCCGAUUAUGACAAUCGAUGGGUCAGCAUCUUCUCCUCGGAUGGAAAGUUCAAGAAUAAGAUUGGUGCGGGGAGGCUCAUGGGUCCCAAGGGCGUGGCCGUGGACAAGAACGGACAUAUCAUCACCGUGGACAACAAGGCCUGCUGCGUCUUCAUCUUCCAGUCGAACGGGAAGCUUGUGACCAAGUUUGGGGGCAGAGGGACGUCCGACAGACAGUUUGCAGGUCCGCACUUUGUCGCAGUGAACAACAAGAAUGAAAUCAUUGUGACUGAUUUCCACAACCACUCAGUGAAGGUUUACAGUGCUGAUGGGGAGUUCCUGUUCAAGUUUGGCUCUCAUGGUGAAGGCAACGGGCAGUUCAACGCCCCCACCGGCGUGGCCGUGGACGCCAACGGAAACAUCAUCGUAGCCGACUGGGGGAACAGCCGAAUACAGGUGUUUGACAGCACAGGGUCCUUCUUAUCCUACAUCAACACCUCAGCGGACCCCUUGUAUGGCCCCCAGGGUCUGGCCCUCACCUCAGAUGGACACGUGGCCGUCGCAGACUCUGGAAAUCACUGCUUCAAAGUUUACAGAUAUCUGCAGUAGACUGAAGGAAGAUGGGACUGACGUCUUUGCCUCCUGCUGGGAAGAAAAAAAAAAAAUAAAUCACGGUCACAUACUGCUUGUAGACACUGAGCUGCAAUGUGUUCAAUCCACAGAGCUCCAGACAUUCAUCAUUCGUUGUCCAAAGUCUGACACAAACACACAAAACUCACUCAUUGCAGUGUAUUUUAAAGACAGAGUCAGGUAGUUUUCUGAAAAAACUCCAGGACCUGACUUCAUGAAAGGACGAGGACUAUUUUUUUCUCAGGAAUGAAUCAAUCUGUGAUUUCACAUUUUCAGUUUUCCUUAAACUUCAGUUAGCAUCGUUAAAUAACAAAUGAUCAUAAGGCAUAUCAUCUCCAUUUCAGCGUUGCUUCACCAUGAAUUCCUAAGUUGAUGUUACACUGCAAUUUUAUUGUUUUUUUUUUAGCUUUUUUGGAGCAUAGCUGCCAAUAACCAGCUAUUAGAGGACGGUGAACCGAAGCAACACGGCUGCAUGUGAAAGUACUCCAAAACAAACUGUUUUCAUUGCCUUAAAAUGUUGUCAUAAGAUCCAACAAUACAUCCUGGAAUGUGUCAUUUAACAGGAAUUGGUUUUUUUUCUCAUCAGUCUGACAGAUCGCUGCACUUUUUGCUUUUUUUUUUUCAUUGAUUUUUCUCUAUUCAGCCAUAAGAUGAGUUGACUUGUAUGCAAUUUUUUUUUUCAUUUUUUUUUUAUCGGUUUGGUUCCCAAAGACGAGCAUCAAGAAGCACAACAGUGAACAUUUGAGCCGGCUUCGCUCCAGCUCUGAGCCCAUCCGGCUGGUUUUCUCUCCACUAACAGCCAAAACAGAGUCAGAACUGACCCCAUCAGCCACUGCACUUUCAUGUGUUCACACCUGCAGGCUUACAGAGUCGUACAUGUGCAUAUUUAGCUGUAUAUAUGGAUCUGUUGUCCAUGUUAUUUCACUAUAUAGCCUCCUUAUUCGAGCACCUAAAUGGAAACAAGGUCAUGCCAAGUAGUAGCCAACGGAACGAGGAACAAAGUUGUAAACACAUCGUUUGCUGUAUCUUCUUCUUUUUUUUUUUUUUUCAAAAAUAUUUAAUUUAUUUGUAAUUUUCUUUUCUACAUAAUUUGUUCUACAAAUUAUUUUUCUAAUUAGUGCGUUUGAACUGUGUCCUCUUUGCCAAACGUUGUAACUCGUAGCGACGGAAGCUGUUCCCUCCUCCUCCUUCUUCCCAUCAGCCCGCCUUCAGUUGAACGGUGACCUUCUCCUCCAGCCAAACCGUAUUGUCGUCAGUGGUUGUUGAACAUUGCACAAGAUACAAAAUAUUAUAAGAGUUAUAUAGUUUGCAAGAGUAAUAUAUGCCUCUAUGUAUAGUUCAUUAACGAUACCAGAAAGUGUACUGUAUAUUAAAAUCAUAUUCUCGUUGUAGUUGACAAGCACCUUGAUAUCGGAUUCUCCAGUAGACUGUUUGUAUUCAUUUGCUCAGUAGGUCAAUGUUUUGAAUUCCUUUCCUGUUUUAUUCCUCGAGGAACACGACACCAGCUGAUGCGCAGUGACAGAAAAACCUUUUCACCUGAAUUCUGGCUGAAAUUCUGUAACCUCACUUCAUCCCGCCGAUUAGAAAACCCGCCGUAAUCACAGACUAGCGAACCGGGUCUCCUCUGUUUUUACCGAUUCAUUUCUGUGCGUCUGUUGCUGUCACUGAAAUAACCAAGACGCGUGAAAAUAAACAGCUGUUGUGUACGUCUGUAUACCGUGAGAGGUGAGACUCCCAGAACUAUUUAUGUAACCAUGGAAACGGUACGAUUGUAA